AUGGGAUCGGAAAACGGUGACGGUGGUCUUCGCCGGAGAGGAUGUUCAUGCACAAAAGACGAUUUUCUCCCUGAAGAAUCGUUCAAAAGCAUGGGAAAUUACUUUAAAGCCCUUAAAGAAACACCGAGCCGAUUCAUGGAUCGUGUAACGACUCGGUCACUGGACUCGGCGGAGAUUCACGAGAUGAAAGCUCGUAGUGGUAACGAGAUGAAGAAGACGUUGACGUGGUGGGAUCUGAUGUGGUUUGGUAUCGGUGCAGUUAUUGGCUCCGGAAUAUUCGUUCUUACCGGACUUGAAGCUCGUGAAUUCGCCGGUCCGGCAGUUGUGUUGUCUUUUGUUGUCUCCGGUGUUUCCGCCAUGCUUUCCGUUUUCUGUUACACCGAGUUCGCCGUCGAGAUUCCCGUUGCAGGCGGUUCUUUCGCCUACUUGAGAGUUGAGCUCGGCGACUUCAUGGCUUUCAUCGCCGCCGGAAACAUAAUCUUAGAGUACGUAGUUGGCGGAGCCGCCGUGGCAAGAUCAUGGACCUCUUACUUCGCCACACUCUUAAACCAUAAACCUGACGACUUCAGGAUCAUAGCUCACUCUCUAGGCGAAGAUUAUGGCCACUUAGAUCCAAUCGCGGUCGGCGUUUGCGCAAUCAUUUGCGUUUUAGCCGUUGUUGGCAUAAAAGGCUCCUCUGUUUUCAACUACAUUGCUUCAAUAAUCCACAUGGUCGUGAUUCUAUUCGUAGUCAUCGCCGGAUUUACUAAAGCUGAUCUCAAAAACUAUUCUGUCUUCGUUCCUUUUGGUGUGAGAGGAGUGUUUAAAUCCGCUGCGACACUAUUUUUCGCGUAUAUUGGAUUUGAUGCGGUCUCUACGAUGGCGGAAGAGACGAAGAAUCCGGGAAGGGAUAUUCCGAUUGGUCUUGUCGGAUCGAUGGUUGUUACUACGGUUUGUUAUUGUCUUAUGGCAGUCGCGUUGUGUCUUAUGCAACCGUAUUACCAGAUUGAUCCGGACGCACCGUUUUCGGUUGCGUUCUCUGCGGUUGGAUGGGAUUGGGCUAAGUACAUCGUCGCGUUUGGUGCUCUUAAAGGUAUGACGACAGUAUUGUUAGUUGGAGCCAUUGGUCAGGCUAGGUACAUGACACACAUAGCUCGAGCGCACAUGAUGCCUCCAUGGCUAGCUCAGGUCAACGCAAAGACCGGAACACCGAUUAACGCGACCGUGGUAAUGCUCGCCGCGACAGCUUUCAUCGCAUUCUUCACAAAACUAGGAAUCUUAGCCGAUCUCUUAUCGGUUUCCACACUUUUCAUCUUCAUGUUCGUCGCCGUGGCUCUUCUCGUUAGGAGAUAUUACGUUUCCGGAGAAACAUCUUCCAGUAAUCGGAACAAGUUCUUAGUGUUCUUAGGUUUGAUUCUCGCCUCCUCGAUCGCGACUGGUGUGUAUUGGGCGGUCGAAAAAGAAGGUUGGAUUGGGUAUUGCAUUACGGUUCCUAUAUGGUUUUUGUCUACCGUUGGGAUGAAGUUUCUUGUACCGCAAGCUAGGGCACCGAAAAUUUGGGGUGUUCCUUUGGUUCCGUGGUUGCCUUCUGCUUCGAUCGCCAUUAAUAUCUUCCUUCUUGGUUCGAUCGAUAAAAAAUCCUAUAUUAGGUUUGCGAUAUGGACAGCUUUUCUUCUUGUUUACUACUUCUUGUUUGGCUUGCACGCUACGUAUGAUACAGCUAAAGCGACUUUGAAGGAGAAGGUUGCUUUGCAGAAAGCUGAAGAAGGUGAUAUUGUUGUAGAUAAAUCUGGUGCUGCAUCAAAUACCAAUGCUUAG